AUGUCGGCUUCCGACGACCUAAUCAACUUUGACAUUAUUGAAGCGCAAAAGGAAAACAUCCAAGCCAUCCCCAGCGGCCGCUCCGCCCGCGCCCUCGCAAACCUCUUCUCCGCCUCCCCCCUCCAACCCCUCGCUACACCCAACCCCUCCGACACCAAAACGGUCAACGACGCCGUGCGCGCCAACUUCGAGGCCGAACUCGCCCUUUUCGCAGAGUCUGAUGACCCCCUAGACAUCUACGACCGCUACGUGCGAUGGACUAUGGACGCGUACCCCUCCGCGCAAGCGACGCCGCAGUCGCAGUUGCUCCCGCUGCUCGAGGCCUCCACCAAGACCUUCCUCUCCUCUCCACAGUACAAAAAUGAUCCGCGCUACUUGAAGCUGUGGUUAUCGUACAUCCGCUUCUUCUCCGAUAGCCCGCGCGAGACAUACGCGUUCCUGUCGCGCCAUGGCGUCGGUGACGGGCUAGCGCUGUUCUACGAGGAGUUCGCGGCAUGGUUGGAGACGGCGGGACGCUGGACGCAGGCUGAGGAAGUGUAUAAUAUGGGGAUAGAGAAGGAUGCUAGGCCAGCACCAAGGUUGCUGAGGAAAUAUAAUGAGUUCCAGCAGCGGUUUGCGGCACAGCCGGAGGAAAGCCGUGCGCCUUCUUCGCCGGCACUGCCAAUUGUGCGUCCAGCGCUCGCCGCAAAGAUUGAUCCGUAUGCGUCUGCUGCAGCGCCACCGGUGGAUCCACAAGCACCUCGCCCGAAUUCGGGGGUUGGUGGCUCGCAGACAACGCGAAAUGGUCGCCCGAAAUUGGCGGUGUUUUCGGACGCAGAUGAACCGGCACCUGUGGUUGGUGGGAGUGGUGCCAAGGGCUGGGACUCGAUCGGUUCCCUAGCAGAGAGGAGGAAGGAAAAUGUAGUUGAGGCGAAACCGUGGGCGGGGGAGACAAUGAAAGCCGGGGCCAAGAAGAGCACUGCGCCCAAGAUGGCGGUUUUCAAAGACCAGGACUAA